AUGUCUAAUUCACAACCACACGACGACGUGCGCUCGUCGACGGUGGGCGCCGAAGAACUGUUUCUCGAGUCGGGGGUCUCGACGCACCAUAUUCCAAAUCUUCUACCGCAUGAGCGCGUCUUUCCCGUCCAGCUUGGGUCCGAGCUGUUUAAGCUCUCUGGCGCCUCGAUAUCGUCCGAUGCACCCUCAUACUUUUCCCAGUACUUCAUAUGUCAAGUAAAGCGGGCCGAGGAAGCGGGCCAGGACAUUGGGUCGGCCAUCCGCACCCUCUACAUCGACCGUGACCCGAUCACCUUCCGUGACAUCUCACUGCACCUCCAGGGAUACCACGUACAACCGCGCGACGCCACACACUUUGUGCGCCUGUUUGCCGACGCCCAGUUCUACCACCUCCCCAAACUAGUCUCGCAGCUCUACGAAGAACCCAUCUUCACGACCAUCGGCGGCGUCCAGUUCCGCAUCCCGCGCGACCUGUUCUCCGCCCCGGGCAACUCACCCAACUUCUUCACCCUCGGCUUCGCCGCCUUCUUCUCGGCCCCCGGCGGCGACCUCUUUCCCGGGCUCGACCGCGAGGGCCUGCUGCGCCCCCCUUCCAUCGUCCCGCCCUCGGUCGAGGGCCGCAGCCCGGACACCUUCGCCGAGCUGCUGCACCUGCUGCGCGGCUACCCCGUCGCCAUCCGCGGCGACGCCCACCGCGCCGAGCUGCUGCGCGACUGCCGCUACUUCAACUUCAAGGGGCUCGAGCAGCGCCUCAUCCCCUCGGCCGUGUCGUUCAACCUGGCCCGCGGGAGGGAUGAGAUCGUGCUGCGGCUGCGGGAUAUCUUGAAGAGCGGCAUCUCGGUGGGCGCGGAGCCGACGGCGACGGAUCCGCGCGCGGGGUGGGUCAGGUAUGGCCGGCCCUUUGUGGAUGAGCGGCCGUUUGAGCUGGUGCUGGAGAUUGGGGACGAGAGCACCCGGCUGCGCAUCGUGCCGGGCCAGGGGCCGGCGAGCGAGGGCGUGGUGGAAGCGCGGGCUGAGUUCUUUGGCGAGAUGCGCGCGCGCGUGACCAAGUUGCUCGAGGUCGUCGCCACCAAACUGGGUCUGCCGCCGACCGCGCAGCUGGGGUUGUUGAUGGCUCAGGGUGGGCGGAGCAGCGCACCCCCUUCGCCGGGGAACACCCCCCUGAGUGAGGACCUUGUCAAGGUGGUGCUAGACUCUGAGUCGAGCGUGGUGUUGGACGGCAAGCCGUGGACGCCAGUCUCUGAGGAUGAGCAGCUGGCAUGGAUGACGAGUAGCACGGAUGAUGCGCCCAUGCCGCGCAAGCGGAAGAGGGUGGAUGAACCAGGCGGCGCCGAGGAGUGGAUUGUCAAAACGGGGCAGUGGCGGUUGAAGCUCCAGGCAGCUAGAAAUGGAAAGGCCGCUGUCGAGUGCUGUCUGGUGGGUGUCAAGUUGGACGCAUACAGUUCAGAACGCGCGAGGAACGGGCAGAGGCCGUUCCUGGGUGGCUAG